CAAUGUCAAUAUCAAAUGUCAAAUGUCAAAAAAUCUCACCAUCCCAUUGUCAAAAAACUCAGUAAAAGGACUGGUUUGAAUUAUUGUAAAGCCAAAGUAGCCAAUAAAGCCUUGUAGAAAGGUGAAGACUGACUGCAGAAAGGUGAAGACAGUCAGGAGGAGCGAUACCAGAAACAGCAGUUUUUACAUUAUUACAUUUCAGUACUUUCAUCCUACACAUCCAUCAUGAAGUUGAAUCUUUUUCUCCUGUGUCUCACUGGUGUUGUCUCAACUACCCUGCAAGAUGUCCGUCGUGAUUAUUAUCUGAUUAAAACACCAAUGAUAUGGGCAGAUGCGAGAACUUACUGCGAGAAAAACAAUAAAAAUUUAGCCAUGAUGCAGACUGCAGAUGACUGGAAUAGGUUGACCGCUGAGGCAGAAAGACAUGGCCUGACGGUAACUGGCUGGGUCGGAUUAUACAAUAGAGUCGGUAUCUGGUACUUUACCGUUUAUGGGGCAGCAAUGACUAUAGCUGGAUUCCACUGGGCCACUGGACAGCCUGAUAAUUUUGGUGGGAAUGAAACCUGUGUUGCAAUGAACUCAAAUGGAACCUGGGCGGAUUAUCCCUGCACAGAUCUGAAACCCUGCAUAUGUUACAGUGCUACCUUAAAAGGGUUUACUGCUAACCCUUCACCCCUGAGCUGGUCGGGAAGUCAGGUUUACUGCCGGACCUAUCACACAGCAUUGGCCAGCCCAAAAAAUGUAACACAGAAUGAUGAGUUUCAACAGUUGGUGUCACCCCAGGGUACUUCUUGGAUUGGCAUAAAUAGGCUUGCUUGGACUUGGACAAAUGGGUCUGCAGGGCCUGUACUUCCGUGGCGUCCUGGCUAUCCAAAUAAUGCUGAUCGAAAUAGCAACUGUGGUUUUGUUAAUAACAGCCUGUUAGAGGAUAAACCUUGCAACAACAAAUACUAUUUCUUCUGUCAUACACCAUAUACAGUGAGAAAACAAGUAUUAAAACUGAAGAUUCAAGGAGACAAUAGUGUGUUUGAUGCUACUUCUCAGGCAGUCAUUUUACAGCAGUUCAAGCAGAAACUGAUGGACCUUGGCAUAACAAGGGAGAUGAACGUAACUUGGAGGGUGCAGCCAGAUGGAAGUGUCUUUCAGAAGAAAAGUGGCAAUGGACUGUAAAUAAAUUUCUCAGUUCUCCGCCUAUAACUUUUAAAUUCUGUAUCAGGUUCUGUUGUGAUGUAAAUGUAGUGUCAUGGAAAAAAUAUAUAUAUUAAAAUCAAUUUGUAUUCAAUUUAUAACUUGAUGGGUAACUAAAAUGGGUUUAAAAAAAAGUGCAAAAUAGUUUUACUAGAUGAAAGAUUCUCUUGAUAAUUUGGUUCAUUCUGUAUAAUAGUUUUUCAGAAUGGCACAACUAGGAUCAGUGAAUAUGUUUUGAAAAAAAUUGUUUUAGCAAACGUCUACUCUGGGUUUAUCUUAGUCUUCAGAUAUAGUCUCAUAAUCCCCAUAAUGUGAUAAUAAUUAUGCUUAAUUACCUUUAGCUGUAGCUUCUACUUAUUUUUCUACUAUCGUUAUAAUUUUUAUCAACAAGCUUGGCCUAGAUGUUGUGGCUGGAGGAAUGGAGAGAUUUGGGCCAAAUUAGGUACACCUGCUUUAUACAAUAUCUUAGAUGAGUCUGGUUAGAUUUCUUUAGAUUUUCUCUUUUUUUCAUAUAUAUUCGCUAUUAUUAUUAUUGCUAUUUAAAUAUUAAUUUAUUUAAAUCUUUGUAAUGUGUCUAAAAUAUUUAGAAGUUGGAAUCAGUUGGAAGUUGAUAGGUAUUUUUCUUCAUUUAUACUAUUGUACAUUCUCCUAAUCAUGGUCUAUAGAGGGGUGUCUUCAAUCUAAACCACAAAGGGCAGUUUAAUCAGUUUAUCUUCAUCUCUAAUUAAUUAUCAGGUUUGGCUGAAAUGAAAGCCAUCACAUCAUCUCUUUGUGGAUGUACUGUAAGCAUUCCUGUGUUCAAAGCAUUGUGUCUGUAUCUGCGUCUCAGUUUUAUUAAGGAAACUAAAGAUUGUGUGUGUCACAUCUUAUAAAUAAUUAUAACCACAUAUAUAAACCUUCACAUUGCGCUAAACAAAUGCAAACGUCACACAUCUUACUGAGAACAUUCUUGCUUAUGAAUACUGUCCAUGGGCUUUUUUGAAGGAGUGAGUUGUUAUAAGAAAUUUCAUUUCAUUGCUUUUUAAUUAAAUUUGCUCUGUAUUGUAAUUGGUUUAGGUAAUUUUACCAUGUCUUCAGUUU